UCUUCUCUAUCUUUAGUCGAGGUCAUUGCUGGGGUCUCCUUACACUCAAAAUCUUUUCCCAAUUUCUUUUAGCUCGCUAACCAUUUUCCUUUGCAGACUUUCCAAACCCUAAUCCUAAAACCCAAAUCCACCUUUUUUUCAGAGCCUAGCAGAACAUGGGUGAAACAAGGGACAACGAUGCUUACGAGGAGGAGCUUCUCGAUUACGAGGAAGAAGAAGAGAAAGUCCCUGACUCUGUUACCAAAGUCAAUGGCGAAUCCGCCAAGAAGGGCUAUGUAGGAAUACACAGUUCCGGAUUCAGAGACUUUCUUCUGAAGCCAGAGCUUCUACGUGCCAUUGUGGACUCGGGAUUUGAGCAUCCUUCUGAAGUUCAACAUGAGUGUAUCCCUCAAGCCAUCUUGGGCAUGGAUGUUAUCUGCCAAGCUAAAUCUGGGAUGGGGAAGACUGCUGUAUUUGUUCUGUCUACUCUCCAGCAAAUUGAGCCUACAUCUGGCCAAGUUAUUGCCCUUGUUUUGUGUCAUACUAGGGAAUUGGCUUACCAGAUAUGUCAUGAGUUUGAGAGGUUCAGUACGUACUUGCCUGAUAUCAAGGUUGCUGUCUUUUAUGGUGGUGUCCAUAUCAAAACUCACAAGGAUUUAUUGAAAAAUGAAUGCCCACAUGUUGUCGUUGGGACACCUGGAAGAAUACUGGCACUGGCGAGAGAUAAGGAACUUUCAUUGAAGAAUGUGAGGCAUUUUAUUCUCGAUGAAUGUGACAAGAUGCUUGAAUCACUUGACAUGAGGAGGGAUGUGCAGGAGAUCUUCAAGAUGACUCCUCAUGAUAAGCAAGUUAUGAUGUUUUCUGCAACACUCAGCAAAGAAAUCCGCCCAGUUUGCAAGAAAUUUAUGCAAGAUCCUAUGGAAAUUUACGUCGAUGAUGAAGCCAAGUUGACCCUUCAUGGUCUUGUACAGCACUACAUCAAAUUGACUGAGCUGGAGAAAAACCGGAAGCUGAAUGAUCUCCUUGAUGCGCUGGACUUCAAUCAAGUUGUUAUUUUUGUCAAAAGUGUGAACAGAGCAGCCGAGCUUAACAAGUUACUUGUGGAGUGCAAUUUUCCCUCAAUUUGCAUCCAUUCUGGCAUGUCCCAAGAAGAAAGGUUGACACGCUACAAGGGAUUCAAGGAGGGGCAUAAAAGGAUUCUCGUGGCCACAGAUUUGGUUGGUCGGGGAAUUGAUAUUGAACGUGUAAACAUUGUUAUCAACUAUGACAUGCCAGACUCUGCUGACACUUAUCUACAUAGAGUUGGUAGAGCUGGUAGGUUUGGCACUAAAGGGCUCGCAAUUACAUUUGUAUCAUCUGCUUCAGACUCUGAUGUUCUCAAUCAGGUUCAGGAGAGGUUUGAGGUGGACAUAAAGGAGCUUCCUGAGCAGAUUGAUACGUCUACAUACAGUAAGUUAUUUUGAAAAUCCGUUUUAACCAAGAGUCUUUCCUUCUUUCUGGCACAAUAAGUAGUUGAAGUAUUAAACUUCAGAAGUUCACAACUUUUCUAUUCCUCCAUACAACUUAAAAUUUUUAUGCUAGUGAAAAACCAAUAGCAGAAACCCUUGCCUUUGUUUUGAGGCGGUGUUAACUUGAGACUCUUACCCUGUUUGGUUACUAGGAUAAAGGGAACAGAAAGGCCAUCAUUUCCAUUAUUGGUUUUCUUGAUUCCUUGCUUCCUAGACCUGGCGACCAGUCUGAUGCAAUUGUGGGCCAAAUGCGCCUUUUGAAAAAAAAAAAAGUUGGAUUUGAUCAAAACUGGACCAGACCCAGGACCGGAAUGUGGUCCUUUCUUGGUUCCUAUGAACCUUGAACUGGAAUUGCUUGUUUUGGCCCUGCCCAGUGGCCACUCCUACUUGCCCCCGUAUACAGCAUUUUCAUUUCUGAUUUACCAAUCCCUUCUCUUUAUACCGGUUGUCAAUAUGGAUAAUCUGAUUCUUGACCUACCAUUCCAGAUAACUGAACGGUUUCUUAUGAUUAAUUGUAUCUGUGUUGCAAACUGCCUUCAUUUUUUACUUGUGCAUGUAUUUCAACCUUUUUUUUCUCCGAUGAGGAGAGAUAAAUUUUUUUGUUCCUUUUUCUAGGGGUGUUUCUUUCAUCGGAAUGCUUUGAUGGAAGGGCUCAUCUUUUCAGCUUCUUUUCUCUCUUUCUUUUUUUUUUUGGGCAUUGA